AUGCUUACUCCCAUUGAGGACAAACCAGAUUAUUCUUACUUGAAGAGGCUUUUCCGUGAACUUUUCAUUAGAGAAGGUUAUCAGUUUGACUAUAUAUUUGACUGGACCAUGUUAAAGUAUCCCCAUGUGGGCUCCAGUUCUAGAGGAAGGACAACUGCAAAAUUACCAUUGAACCCUGGAAUAUCAGCAGAGAAAGCAGAAAGGACCCCAGUGAAACAAGAGGUUCGAGAUAGAUUUUCAGGGGCAGUUGAGUCAUUUACUAGAAGAAAUGGUUCUAGUAGCGGCUUGCAUGGUGAUCAAUCAAGGCAUAGAUCUUCAGAGAAUGUUACACCCUCCAAGGAUGCAGUGCAUGGUAAGUCAGAUAGAGGGCGGAUAUCACGAAAUGGAAGCAGCUCAAAAAGAGCAGUGAUGGGAAGCAGCAGCAAACCAAGUUCAUCUGGUGAGCCUUCUAAGCGGUUGGGUUCAGGAAGUGGUCGCAUAUCAACAAAUAUUACUUCUUCUAUUUCUACUACACAAAGGCUACAUUUCCAGAGGCCUUAA